AUGAUUCUAUCUAAGCUUCUCUUCUGUGUUUUGGCGACAAUUGUCGCUGCUGCUCCUGCUGAGGAAGCUCCUGUGGCCCCAGUCGUAACCCUGUAUCAUGACCUUGGUUGGACUGGACUCCAGUUUGAUGUACGGAGCAUGAACACCUGUUUAAAAGUCACUGGCUCCCUCUAUGGCCAUGUGCAGUCAGCGAAACUGUGGCCAACUACGCCCCCUACUAGGUUUUGCACUCUGUAUUCAACAAAUAACUGCGAAUCUGACACUGCUAUUCUCUACGUUACUACGUCCAACAGCCCGGUCAAUAUCCGCCGCAACACUGAUGUACGGUCGGUCUUCUGUAAAGAUGUAAAGAAAUAA